GGCAGUUGGGGACCAGCUAGAGCAGCCUUAGGACGCCCGGCGGGGCCUAGAAACCCACCCCGGGAGCACCGGGAGCGAAUCGGGUGCGGAAACCAAGUCCUCGGGUAAGGAGGAGGCUUCCAGACGCUUCAGGGCUCCCGGACCUAGACCCGGCCGUGUCUUCGUGACGCACGCGGCGUCGGGGCGGGGCGGUGCCAGCCAAGAUGGAGACGAAUGUGUUCCGCUUCCGAGAUGCACGCGCCGCUCCGGAUCCGGUGCUGGAAGCCGGGCCGGUGGCCUUCGGCUCGCAGCCGGUGCCGCUGGUGCUGGACAACGGGUCCUUCCAGGCUCGGGCCGGGUGGGCAUGCCCCGGGCCGGAUCCGGGCCCCGAGCCGCGCCUGCAGUUCCGCGCCGUGUGCGCUCGCGGCCGUGGCGGGGCGCGCGGCGGGCCGGGGCCGCAGGUGGGCAACGCGCUGGGCAGCCUGGAGCCUCUGCGCUGGAUGCUGCGCUCGCCCUUCGAUCGCAACGUACCGGUCAACCUGGAACUCCAGGAACUGCUGCUGGACUACAGCUUCCAGCACCUGGGCGUCUCCUCGCAGGGCUGCGUUGAUCACCCCAUAGUUCUGACAGAGGCCGUGUGCAACCCCCUCUAUUCCCGCCAAAUGAUGUCGGAGCUCCUUUUUGAAUGCUACAGGAUUCCUAAGGUUGCCUAUGGGAUAGACAGCCUGUUCAGUUUCUACCACAACAUGCCCAAGAACGCCCUUUCCAGUGGCCUCAUCAUUUCAUCUGGCUACCAGUGCACACACAUUUUACCCAUCUUAGAAGGAAGGCUGGAUGCCAAAAACUGCAAACGCAUCAAUCUUGGAGGAAGUCAGGCGGCUGGCUACCUGCAGCGGCUGCUCCAGCUGAAGUAUCCGGGGCACCUGGCCGCCAUCACGCUCAGCCGAAUGGAGGAAAUCCUGCAGGAGCACAGCUACAUUGCCGAGGACUACGGGGCAGAGCUGCAGAAGUGGCGAUGCCCUGAUUACUACGAGAACCAUGUCCACAAGAUGCAGCUCCCCUUCUCCAGCAAGCUCCUGGGCAGCACGCUGACGGCGGAGGAGAAGCAGGGGCGGCGACAGCAGCAGCUUCGAAGGCUGCAGGAGCUCAACGCCCGGCGGCGGGAGGAGAAGCUGCAGCUGGACCAGGAGCGGCUGGAGCGGCUGCUGUAUGUGCAGGAGCUCCUCGAGGAUGGCCAGAUGGAUCAGUUCCACAAAGCUCUGAUAGAGCUGAACAUGGACUCCCCGGAAGAACUGCAGUCCUACAUACAGAAGCUCACCUUGGCAGUGGAGCAGGCUAAACAGAAAAUCCUGCAGGCUGAAGCCAACCUGGAGGUGGAUGUGGUGGACAGCAAGCCAGAGACGCCUGACCUGGAGCAGCUGGAGCCCUCCCUGGAGGAUGUGGAGAACAUCAAUGAUUUUGAGCCCUUGUUCUCAGAGGAAACACCUGAAGCAGAGAAGCCUGUCACCACAGUCCAGCCCGUGUUUAACUUGGCAGCGUAUCAUCAGCUGUUUGUUGGGACAGAAAGGAUUCGUGCUCCUGAGAUUAUUUUCCAGCCAUCUCUCAUAGGAGAAGAGCAGGCAGGGAUUGCGGAGACCCUUCACUACGUCCUGGACAGGUACCCAGAGGCCAUUCAGGAUACCCUGGUCCAGAACGUUUUCCUGACUGGUGGGAACGUGAUGUACCCGGGCAUGAAGGCCAGAGUGGAGAAGGAGCUGCUGGAGAUGAGGCCCUUCCAGUCCUCCUUCCAGGUUCAGCUUGCCUCGAACCCUGUGCUGGAUGCCUGGUACGGUGCCCGAGACUGGGCCUUGGAUCACCUGGAAGACAGUGGAGCCUGGGUCACCAGGAAGGACUAUGAAGAAAAGGGGGGCGAGUACCUCAAGGAGCACUGUGCCUCCAACACCUACGUCCCCAUCCGCCUGCCUAAGCAGGCCUCACGUGCCUCAGAGACCCAGACUUCUGGGAGAGGCUCGGGGAACAGCGGAAGUGCAGCCGGUGAGCAGGCCUAGCAGAGGGCACUCCAAGAGGGCCUGUGCUUCACCCUUGCCAUCUACGCAGUAUUUGGGACAAUUGUCCCACAUCGCUGCCUGUCUACCUUGUCUGGCUGCUGACUGGAGUCCUCCGGGGAGCAUGCAGAGAACAGCAGGUGAUCUACCUCAGUGAAGCACAGGGUGGCCUCCGGUGGAGACCCACGGGAAAGCUGUGGCCCUGCUCUCCUCAGCAAUGAGGGGAGACGGGCAGACCCUGGAAGUGGACAGGCACAAAGUGUUCCUCUUUGCACUUAAAAGCUUUUGUUGUUGCUGUUUUAAAAGCUCGAAAGUUCCCA